UCGAGCCGGGGGAUGGUGCGUGCUUUUGGUUUCUGCGCGCGCGGAAUGUACUGUACGACAGGAGGACUGAUUUUUGUGUGGCAGAGCCUGGAUCUGAGGACGAGGACGGCGAUUGUGAGUCGGACGAUGCGCGGACGAUACACGCCGGGGACUCGGAUUCGGAGUGUGAGUCGGAGGACGCCGCGUCUGGUGUGCUCCUGGAGGACUUGGUUGUUGAGUGGAUGUCUUGGAUCCACUCAUUUGCGGGCAGAAAGUGA